AUGUCUUUUCAAUCAACCAUCAUUGGGCUAUGCACAUUAGCGGUGCUACUUCUCCUACCGCCUUUAUAUUGGCACACUCACACAAGAAAUAUUCCAGCCAUAAUAUUAAUAAUAUGGCUAUUAAUCAUGAAUAUAAUCGCAAUAGUGAAUGCAGCAGUAUGGAGUGGAGACAAUUUUGUUAAUGUUUGGGAAGGGCACAUAUGGUGUGAUAUUACUACAAAACUGGAGAUGGGUGCAAGUGUUGGUAUUCCGUGUGCAAUCACAGAUAUCGUUUAUAAUUUGCAUAUCAUUUUGAAGGCGACGACUGUCUUGGAGAAUUGGAGAUCCUGGAGGAAGAUCAUAAAGGAUUUUUUGAUAUGUUUAGUGACACCUGCCAUAAUAAUGGGGCUAUCAUACGUUCUGCAAGUCUUUAGAUACGGUAUUGUCCGCUAUAAUGGCUGUCAAAACAUGUUAUCUUCUACUUGGCUGACAAUUGUACUUUACACAUUAUGGAUGCUUCUUUGGAGUUUGUUCGCAGCGUUUUACGCCAUAUUGGUCCUUGUCGUGUUUUACAGGAAAAGAAAAGACGUCAGGGAUAUUUUACAUUGCACCAAUUCGGGAUUAAAUUUGACAAGAUUUUCUAGAUUGUUAAUCCUUUGUUUUGUAAUCAUUUUGAUUAUGUUACCAUUGUCCAUUUACAACCUUGCUCAAGAUAUUCAGCUACUUGAUAAUAGUCAAAGCUUUAAAGCCACGCAUUCAAAAUCACUCUGGAAUCUGAUCAUCAAGGUUGAUCUGGGUAAGCCAGUUUAUUCUGUUUGGAUAUAUGUGUUGGCUGCCUAUUUGGUUUUCUUGGUUUUUGGACUGGGUUCCGAUGCUCUUUCGAUGUAUUCCAAAUUUUUGAGGGCCAUUAAACUGGGUUUCAUAGUCGACAAGAUUCAAAACUUUUCUGAAAAUCGUAAACAGAAGCUCGUGGGCAACUUGUUGGCCUCUAUGGGUAGAGAAAGUUCUGGGGACAGCAGCUUACACUUUUCAGCUUCAGACACCGACAAUGACAAAAGCAGCUCGAACGAAACAAAGAAGGAUUUGGGAAUGGAUUACGAGAUCAAUUAUAGUCCUGUUGAUAAACUAAAGAGUUUGUGGGCUAGAAGAUAUCGGAAUAGUGACUCAGAUAUAGAAGCAAAAUGUCUGGAAACCGAAAUAGAUUUGGAUGGCAGCGGUUACAGCCCGUACCUUGAAGAUGAAUAUAGUAAGAAUGAAAACUUUUCGUUUUCCUCCUUUUCAAAAGCAUCUUCGCCAAGUGACCAAAAGACGAAUAAAACGUGCCCUUUUAGUUCUAAAGCAAGUACUUCAAGACCCUUUGAUCUAAGGCACGUUGCAUCCUCGUUGAAAGAAGACAUAGGCCUCGAUGUCCGAGAAAUAGUCUCUGAAGAAAGUGUAAGCUACAUCACUAAAAACCCCUUCGAUUCCCCUCGCAGCUCAAAUAACGACGAUUAG